AUAACAUUAAUCAACCAAAAUACUUUACACAAUAUGCCAAGCUCCAAUCAAUAAAAUAAAAAACAUCCUCUCACUCUAUGACUAACCAAAAUGGCAGAAUUGGUUUGACAAGUAUUGCGAUUUAUUAAUUUAUUUUUGGGCACAAUAAUUAUUGCCUUUGUACUUUAAAACUGUUUAGUAAGUUACUCUAAAAAGUGUUAAAAUAAUAUCUUUAAGUUGGUAAAUUGUUAUUGGGAUAUAGCUUCAGUUCGUUGUAUUUUGCAACACUUCGAAAUAUUGCUUUGGUAUGAUAACAAAAGAUACAAAAAUGCAACUUUCCGUCGCUAAAUGUCCUUCUUCGUCACAUGUGUACUUUUUGUAUUAACAAGACAUGAACGCUAGUAAUCGCAGAAGUCGGGGUACGUAUACGUAACUGUGUAGAAUUGUGGUUUUUAGGUUUGUGACGUCACGACGACUGCGGGACGUUAUUUACAGUGUAAAGUUGGGUAGUAAAAUGUUUGAUUGUUUUUGCCAAUGAGUGGGAAGAGAUUCGCCGCAUAGUGGUGAAGGUACGAUUCGCGGCGGAGCGGUUUGGUCCCGCUAGGAUGGGCGGCGAUGUCUGCCCCCUCCGACAGCGCGACGAGCCCCUCGCCGUGUGCCUGCACUAAUAUAUCGCUUAUGCAAUUGUUCCAUGAGCUAAAGCAGAAGUUCCCCGGCGUACCCGACCAUGUUGUGUCCAACACUAUCGAGUUAUACUGUCACGACAAGCAAGCCUGCGAGACUCACCUCCACAGCGAAGUCAAGGCCUCCCUAACACACGCCUACCAUGCCUCUUCGUCUGCCGCGGCGCGCCAGCUUAACGAGCUCAAGCUCAACCCGCCAUCUAAGUGUCGCAAUCAACCCAUAGUCAAGCAUGAGAUUGCCAAGUCGACGCCAAUUCAGUCCAUCACUUGCCAAGGGCCACAGACUGCGAUCAUUAGCUCCAAUGACUCCGACGACGGUGACAAGAAGGUAAACACUGAUGCCAACCAGAAUGUUGUGGAAACAGUAGAAGAAACCCCAAGGAGCAACAACAACACAUCUCCUAUUACCAUCAACCUUGACAAUUGCUUUGCCAAGUAUAGUGUUGAGUCUCCAAGUGAUUUGGAAUUAACAAAUGAAAAUGUAAAGGAGGAAAAACCUACAGCUGAUAGUGCACCUCUUGAUAAGAACUUGGAACAACCAGAGAGCACAAAUUACAGAAUACUUAAAAGCAACAAGAUAAAAAGCAAUCUACAUGAGAGAUUAGAGAAAGGAAAGGAGAAGAAGACAAUAAAAAAGGAGGAGCCCGAAGACAAAAAGGAUCCUGAACCGAAACCGGAACAUCAAGAAAAACCGAAACGUCCAAACACACUUGACUUUAUCAAACCAAACCCAGAUAUUGCAUUUAAACAGACACUAAAAGAGCCAGAACCUGACGUGAGCCACACAGUUUCCCCGGUUCCUUCACUGAAACAUGAAAGUCAAAGUGCAAAACCCAGUCCGCUGUACCGACAAGAGCGAGUGUAUCCGCUGAAUUUAUCAGUGAACGUGAAUUGUCAUAUGGACUUGAGUCGCGCGUAUGACGAUCCAUGGUUAGAGGAUUACGAUAGUCCGAGAGCUAUAACAUCAGUGAAUUUGACCGUUUGUACGCCGACUUCUAGCAUGGCGAGUCCGGUUCGUGAUUCCCGCGGGGGUGAGGACGAGGGGGGUUUCGAGGGGCACGUGACGGUGACGGUGAGCCCGAGCACGGCGCGGCCGCCCAGACGCCGCGCGCCCCCGCCGCCGUCGCAACCGUCCCGGAUUGAGACUCCUCGGCCGGCCAGAUCAGCGCCUGAGCCCCCAGGAUCUACACCAGAUCGUUCCCUCAUCGAACGCCAGAAGCAGCGGCUCGAUUGUCUAGUCAAAGCACUAUCCCAGGAGAAGGGCCAUCUGGCGCAGCUGAAGCGGGAGACCCAGAUAUUGGCCGCGCCGCUCCCGCCGCCGUCUGCCACGCAGAAGUUGAGAGAAUACGUCGAACUGCUGCGAGACCAGUGCGAUACCAUGGCUAAGCGGCUAGAAAUGACGGGAAACGUGCGAGAACGGGAGAGGGAGCGAGAUGACUCCGGCAAUUUUUACAGCAACAUCUACACCGGGCAGCAGCCGUCGGCCUCCUGGCAGUGCCAUCUCUGCACCUUCCGCAACCACCCGCUGCUAAACAAGUGCGAGCAAUGCGAGAUGCCCCGGAUCGUAGUUCGAGCGCCCGACGGAAUUACAGUUCGCCUAAUGCCAGGACGGCGGAAAAUUGUUCGCUCAUGGGUAUUAUGAAUGCUGGCGACCGGAUGAUACGUAGCCUAUCUUAAGUGCAGUAGUACAAAUUGAUGAACGAAUCUGUGAUAUUCGCAUUUGGUAGUUAGUUACGCGGAAAAGUCUGAUUUUGUUAUACAAUUUUGAUUUAACACAUUCCAAAACCUGCACGAAUAAAUAUUUAUUACGUUGAUUGUUUCCUAUUCUCUCUGAGUGCUCUGUUGUGCCAAAUGCGGAUAACGGCUGGUUAUUUACAUUUCUACACUGCACUUAAGGUGGAUAGGACUCGAAUUACAUAUAAGUUUAUAUACAGUUACCUUUAGAAAGUUAAGGAAAUUGUACCCCGAUGUUGACUUACAUGCAACGUGUAUACAGCAUGUAAAAAACCGUCCGAUGCGAAAGGAGUGAUUCUAGUGCUGAAAUACUAAAAAUUUUUGUAGGUAAUAAUAUUUUAUUUUCAUCAAAUUGAACCAACUAAUAAAUUACGGAUGUAGGAAGUAUUUUACACAUUUUGAUGUUUCAACAUUGUUCGCGUUCGAAAAUUUAUUGUCUGAGCACAAGAAUCACUGGCCUUUCGGAUAGGAUUGUUUACGCUUUUUAAACACGUUACUAUACAAUACAUUGUAUUGUAAAUUAUAUACGUUAUUUUCAAAAAUGUUAAAAGCGAUUACUGUCGCUAAACUGCUUCCGCCAUUUAGCUUCUUUUUAUUGCCAAUUAUUUAGGUAAAAUAAUAUUACGUAAACACAAAGUUGUAUCGGAAUUCAAUUUAGGAACUAAAUUAAAUUACAGAUUAAUUUUAUUGUAUUCGGAGAUAUUAUGAAAUUUAUCAUUAUCUACAAAAUGUAUCAUUUGGGUGUAAGCCUUACCCAUACAUUUUAACAAUAAUACAAAUAAAUAUGGCUUUUUAAUAGUGCAGACUGUGUAAGUAAUACCUACGUAGAAAAACAGUCAAGGAUUGGAUAAAUUUAUGAUAUUUCUUAUCCACUAUCUAUUAUAGUUAUACACAUAUAAAUGGAAAGUCUCUCUAUAUUUUAAUAACGGAAAUAUUGUGAUCUAACGUCAUAAAUAUGCAUAAUCUCUCACAUUUAAUCUGUUUCUCAAAUAUUUCGCAUUGGGAUUGAUUUAAUUUAUUCACCAAACUGUUAGGUCGAGAAAGAGUCAAGAUUUGCCCGUGAAAAUGGUUUAUUUUCUUUACAUAAUUGGUAAGACUACAGUUAUUAGAGUAUUUCAAUACCUCUCGAAUCACUCGACCACCCAUUUAGGUAUAUUAAUAUUUCAGAAUCAUACAGAUCAGAAUAGUAGCAUUCUCCCCCGCUAUGUUGAUCGUAGAGCAUUCUGAUAUUUUUCACAGAAAAGUCUAUUACACGGUAGUAGAUAGGUACAACUUAUAUGUACAUUUUUAUAUUUAUUUGGUAUUUGAAAUGCAAUUUAACUGUCCACUUCCGCACAAAAUAAGAAUGAUUCAGAAUCAAACGAAGUGGUUUGGUAAAACGCUCAGCCGUGGCUAGCCGUAGUGUUAGUUACGUAUGAUAUAGUAGUCACCUGGCGCUAUGGUUUGCCAUGUCAGAAGUUCAGAACAAACAGUCCCCAACUUCAAGAAAAAAACGCUGAUGGGUCUAUCUAAUGAUGAUGAAGUAAAAACAAGGCAGGAUGGCAAAGAGCAAUAGCUAUGGGCAGAGAUUCUCGGACGAAAUCAAGCAUUAUCAAAUUAGAAACAGACGACCACCCCAGCAUACACAGAUGGUGCAAUAGCUACCAAGACUCUUGGUCCAAGAACCAUCACCAAAUUAGUAAUAUCAGCGUCUAUAGGUUUUAAUUAUAGGGCCUAGAGUAAAUUUUUACUGUCACCUUUAUUUCAGCCUAUACUUACAUUAGGGCUUAGGGAUAAAAGGAACCGUUUCAGGUUCCACUUAGUGCCUAGGCCUACCUACCUAGUCUGCGGGUAGGUAAUGAAUUGUAGGUACUGGUCAUAAAAUACUUACCUACUGAGCAUCACGAUGACGCAAUGCAUUAGUUUUUGUUUCUAUUCUGCAAUAGGCAAUAGGGUAUUAUCUCCACAUUUUAAGAGCUUCUUAAGUAAAAUAACGCAGAAAAUAACUAAAUAAUAUUAUAGCAUCAGCAACUUCCCGCGACUCCACUCCUUUGUUGGAACAAACUGAUAAAACUUUUGACUGAAGAAUCGAACUCUGAAAACAUUAUAAGUACUUUUGGAGUUCUAUGAACUCAAAAAGUAUCUAAGUAUAGAACAUUUCGCAAUAUUUGUACAUCACAUUAGGGUAACGCCUAAUAAAUUUGAGAUUACGGCAAUAAAGUUAUAAUUAUUAAUUAAAACAAACACUGUGAUUUCUAGUCGAAGCUCCGAACUUCAAAUUUUAUUAUGAUAUGUAAACAUUAUUAAGCAUUUCUUUCUGUAUAAAACUUGUGCUCAUUUUAUAUAAAUACGUAAUUAUAUUAUUUUAAUAUGUAGGUAUAGCAUCAACUAUAAAUAUAGAAUGCUUUACAUAAUAAUAUUGAAAAACAGGCUAGGGCAUUUUACUCUUCAAAGGUUUCUUAUUCAUAAAAAUCGAAAGUAAUAAUACCUUUGUCUAUAAUACAAUUCAUUUAUAAGUACAUAAAAUAACUCUCAACUUUAGAAUCUGGUUUAGAUAGUCAAAUGUCCUAACUUACAUUCUUUUCCAGACUUCUGAGUAUCCUACAUGAAAUAAUAUUAAAUUUACUAUUUGUUAGAAAAAUUAAUUUUAAGUGUUAAUUUUAACACUUCAAUUUUAAAUAACACUGAAGAGUUAUUGUAAAAAGUAUACACAAUUUAUUAGAUAGGGCUAUAAAUGAAAAACUUAUAAAUAUUUAAUAGGAAAAUGUAAUCAGUGAAAACAGUAAUCAAGUAUUAAUUAGUCAAUUACUUGAGUCAAGCAGAAAAAAUUGUACAUCAUGGAAAUAAGUGAACUUGUCACACACUGUUUAAAAGUAUACAUUGCUUUUAUAGUUUAUUUACAUUAUGUAAAAUAUGUAUUUGAUAUUAUGUACUAUUUUUUUUAUUUAAUCAGCACAUUUAUCAAAAUAAACUUGUUAUUGAAAUUGUUUA